AUGUUUUCCAAAAUCAUAUCACAAUCUACUGCUAGAAUUGCAAACAGACAAAUUAUCAGACAUUCAUCAAAUGCUGCAAAAACCCCUGGUAGUUCUCACCUAGGUGAAUCAUGGAUCCUUACAGAAGCUAAAAGGGUAGGUCCAAAUUUACUUUUCUGGGGUUCCGCUAUGACCACAGUUCUUCUAUGGCCAUCUUUUAUUAAAUACUUCAAAGACCCUAACUACAAGGAGAGAUAUUGA